AUGACUGCUGGAGAUCAUCUUAAAUCACUCGCCAACGGACUUGUCAUCAGCCCAUUGCCAACUCAUCCAGGUUACGACACCUCCGUGCCUCACGCACCAGGCCGUCCAAUCUCUCUCACACCUCAAGAGAAGAGACUUGCGAUUAAGAAUGCACUUAGAUACUUCCCAGAGAGCACACAUGCUCAGUUGGCACCAGAGUUCUUGGAGGAGUUGGAGAAGUAUGGUCACAUCUAUAUGUAUAGGUUCAGACCUGUAGGAUAUGAGAUGAAGGCCUACCCAAUCGAUCAGUACCCAGCCAAGCUCAGACAUGCUGCUGCAAUCAUGCUGAUGAUCAUGAACAACUUGGAUAGAGAGGUCGCUCAAUUCCCCCAUGAGUUGAUCACCUAUGGAGGCAAUGGAUCAGUGUUCCAGAACUGGGCACAGUAUCAUCUGGUCAUGAAGUAUCUCUCCGAGAUGACCGAGAACCAGACACUGUCCAUGUACUCUGGUCACCCAAUGGGUCUGUUCCCAAGCAAGCCCUUCAGUCCCAGAGUCAUCAUCACCAAUGGAAUGGUCAUCCCAAACUAUUCAUCAAGAGAGGAUUAUGAGAGAAUGUACGCUUGUGGAGUAUCUCAAUACGGUCAGAUGACUGCUGGAAGCUAUUGUUACAUUGGACCACAAGGUAUCGUUCAUGGCACUACAAUCACAUUGUUGAAUGCUGGAAGAAAGUACAUGAACUCGAGUGAUUUGAGUGGCAAGCUGUUCAUUACAUCGGGUCUCGGUGGAAUGAGUGGUGCUCAGGCAAAGGCUGCAGUGAUCUGUGGUGCUAUUGGUGUCGUCGCCGAGGUCAGUCUCGCAGCGGUCACCAAGAGACACGCUCAGGGCUGGGUCAUGGAGGUGUACUCUGACCUGGACAAGCUCGUAGACAGAAUCAAGUCGGCCAAGGUCGAGAAGAAGCCACUGUCGAUCGCCUACCACGGCAACGUCAUUGACCUGUGGGAGCACCUCGUCAAGACCGACGUCCAUGUCGAGCUUGGCUCGGACCAGACCUCUCUGCACAACCCGUACAAUGGAGGCUACUACCCCGCCGAGAUCACCUUUGACGAGGCCAACGUCAUGAUGGUCAAGGAGCCAGCCAAGUUCAAAACACUGGUUGAGUCCAGUCUUGUCCGCCACACCAAUGCCAUCAACGCGCUGUCGAAGCGCGGUAUGAAGUUCUGGGACUAUGGCAACUCCUUCUUGCUGGAGGCUUCGCGUGCCAAGGCCAACAUCUUCAAGCCCAACUCCAAGGACUUCCUCUACCCAUCAUACGUCCAGGACAUCAUGGGCGACAUCUUCUCACUCGGCUUUGGACCCUUCCGUUGGGUCUGCACAUCGGGCAAGCCCGAGGACCUCCAAACCACAGACAACAUUGCUCGCUCGAUCAUUGAGAAGCUGCGUGUUGAGAACAUCCCCGAGAAUGUUCAGCAGCAGUUCAAUGACAACCAUCUGUGGAUCACCCAGGCUGGCGACCACAAGCUUGUCGUUGGAUCACAGGCUCGCAUCCUCUACUCUGACGCCAUUGGACGUGUCGAGUUGGCCGUGGCCUUCAACAAGGCCGUGCAAUCGGGUCAGCUCAGCGCACCAGUGGUCAUCAGUCGUGACCACCACGACGUGUCUGGAACCGACUCACCGUGGAGAGAGACAUCCAACGUUGUCGAUGGCUCUCAGUUCUGUGCCGACAUGGCCGUGCAGAACUUUGCUGGAGACGCACAUCGUGGCGCCACCUGGAUCAGUUUGCACAAUGGAGGUGGCACGGGCUGGGGUGAGGCCAUCAAUGGAGGCUUUGGCAUGGUGCUCGAUGGCUCUGCCGACUCCGAGGACAAGGCCAAGCUCAUGUUGGCAUGGGAUGUUAACAAUGGUAUUGCCAGACGCUCAUGGUCCUACAAUGACAAUGCAGAGACCACCAUCCAGCGUGCGAUGAAGAUCGAUCCAAACCUCAAUGUGACCAUCCCCAAUCAUACCUCUGAUCAAACUUUGCAAUCAAUUGGUUUGUAA